AUAUUUAAAGAUGGCGCUGUAGAUAGUAACAUAGUUCAAUCAUCGACACUGCAUUUGCUUUUUGUGUGUUUACAUACUCAACAAAAUUUCUUAAAAAUUAUUUAUAUUAUUUUUGGACAAAGUAUAAAACAAGGAGGAAAUUUUAUCUAUGGCUCAAUUGCUUGGAAAUACUUUAUAAAACUUUUCUUAUUUAAUAACAGAGAAGAAUAAUAACCUACUAGAAUAAUGGUAAAAUAUUUCGAAAAUAAUGUUAUUUUUCAAUUCAAUUGGAAUCAAGUGGUUCAAGGAUUUUGGAAAAGAUAUCCAAAUCCAAACAGUAAUCAUGUUUUAUCGGAGGAUACGGUAUUCAGGGAAGUAAAGGAUGGAAAAUUAUAUUCAAAAAGGCUCUUAACAAAAACAAACAGAUUACCAAAGUGGGGAGAAAGAUUCAUGAGUAAAAAUGUCGUUAAAAUAAUGGAAGAAAGUAUUGUUGAUCCCAAUUCAAAAACAUUGACAACCUAUACGAGAAAUUUAGGCUUUACAAAAGUUAUGUCGGUAGUGGAAAAAGUUGUGUACAGAGUGUCGGAAGACAAUCCCGAUUGGACAGUGGCGCAGAGAUCUGCUUGGAUUGAUAGUCAAGUUUUCGGCUUCAGUAGAGCAAUUCAAGCCUUUGGACUCGAUAGGUUUAAGAAAAAUUGUGGUAAAAUGUCCAGUGGAUUCAAUUAUGUUUUAGAACACAUGUUUCCUUAUACCGCUGCUCACUGCAUGAAACCAAAUCUCUCUCACAUGAAUUUUGUUGACAGGAUUGAGCAACCAGUUAUUUCAAAGGUAACUCACGCUGCUGAAGAUUUACAAAACUCGCUACACGAUAAAGCAGAGAAAAUGAAAGGUGCAGCCAAAAAGGCAACAGACUUAGCUAAACAGAAAUCGAGUCAGCUUUAUCAGUCGUAAACGUAGAAUCAUAUUUUCAAAUAACUAGUAAAAACGAGAAAGUAUCAAUUAUUAGCAAAAAAAAUAUUUUCAAUGUUGUUAGAAUAUAACUGACAGAAGAAAAACACAAAAAACUUGUUUGAGUACAUGCGGAUAAAAUAGAAUUUUGAAUUCAAGGUCGACAGAAAAUGGUGAUUAUUAGAUUAUAUUAUUUUGACGUCUUAUUUUAUAUUAUUAUAUAUUGAUAUUACUGAUAUCUGAUAUAUAGAAUCAUUCCUUUCAAACUGCCAUCUUUGUUAAUACAUUUUUUUUCUUUUGCAAAUUAAAAUACCCCUAAAAGCGUCAACUUAUAAUUCUUGUUUUUUUAUUUAUUAUGAUAAAUACAAUGUAAUCUAAAGAUUCUAAAAAAUUCUUCAAUAUAAAAUUUGGAAAAGUGUAUAUAAACUCGAAAUGAUUAAUUUUAGAUGAAUUAGGUACAUUAAUCAUAAAUAAAUAAAUGAACAUACAAUAAAUUAUUACCCAAAUAUAUAGUUUCUUUUUAAAAAAGACAGUUUGAAUUAAUUGCAGACAAAGUGUAGAUAUAUUGUCAAUAAUAAUAAUAAUAUUUAAUAAAUAAUAAUACUUAAUAUUAAUUAAUUAAUAAUUGUUAUAAAUAUUAUAUAUGUAUACUGUAUAUCAUAAAGAUUUGUUACAAAAUA